GAUGUUGGCCUGGAGGUAAUAAAGAUGGCAGCUUCAAAAUCAACGCAACUUACUUUGCUGAUAUUUCUUCUCCAACUGGCAAGCUGUCAAAGGACAAUAGGAAAAGAGAAAGAUGGCUCUUCAUUAAGCUUCACACACUAUCUCUACAAUGUCACCAUCAAUGAAAACUCUGCCCCACGAAUGUACGUUGAGUCACUCGUUAAGAUGGGCAUUCAUCUCACAGACCCACUGUGGGACGUCAAAUAUAACAUCGUUUCCGGUGAUGAGGAGGAGUUUUUCCAAGCAGAAGCACUAUCAGUUGGGGAUUUCUGCUUUCUCAGGAUUAAAACUCGCAGUAGUAACUCAGCUUUUCUCAACAGGGAGGUCAGAGAUAGUUACACUCUCACUGUGGAGGCAACUGAAAGCACUUUUGAUAUCCAGGCAAAAACCAAGGUGUUUGUCCAUGUGCUUGACACUAAUGACCUAAAGCCCCUGUUCUACCCUGCAUCGUACAACGUGGACCUCAGAGAGGACACUCCGCUGAAGUCAACUGUGGUCAGAGUCAGUGCCACAGAUGCAGACAUUGGGAACAAUGCUGAGUUUUAUUACUCCUUCACCAGCAGAGUUCAUCCUUUUGCGGUGGACCCUUUCACUGGUACAGUCAGCCUUGUCAAAAAGCUCAAUCAUACUCGGAUGCAGAAAUACGACCUUACUGUUUUAGCCGAGGACAGGAUGAAAAAAAUAUCAGGCAUUCAGAAAUUUGGUAAUUCUGCCCAUGUCACAGUAAACAUUCAAAAUGCAUUCAAGGGAACUCCAGUUAUCACACCUCCUCUAGAACCUGUUGUAUCUGCAGAUGGAAAUGUAGAUAUCAAUGUCCAUGUGGAAGCAGGUGUUACGCCUGUGGAAUCUCUUAAUAUUGUUGCUGGGGAUCCCUUCAAAUGUUUUGAGGUAGUUCCUUUUGGUGUACAAGGCACUGAUUUCCAAGUGAUAUCUACAAAGAGGAUUGUGUGGUCUCAAAGUCCUUUUGGUCUCAACCUGUCCCUUCAAGCUAAAGAUGGGAGUUUGCCAAAUUUACUCUCUCCAGUUACACAAAUCCACAUUCCGGCCAAUCAUUACACCCCUUUAGGAUUUUUGGAGGACACUUACAUUAUCACCCUAAGUGAGUUUUCACCUCCUAAAACUCAUGUUGUUAAAGUAUCUGUCACAUCCUUUCAAAAUAAUGUUACGUUUAGCAUCAAAAGUAAUCCAGACAGUUCAAAUUUCAAGAUUAAUCCAAAAUCCGGGACUAUUGUAACGUUAAAGAAAUUUGACUACGAGAGAAAAAAUCGAUUUGAAUUUGAUGUGAUAGCCAAUCAUGGAGAAGCAGAGACACAUAUUGUGGUCAAAAUAGAAGAUGAAAACGACAACAGCCCGCAGUUCAAACAGACGUCCUAUCAGGAAACAGUAGCUGAAAACAGCCCUGUUGGCACCAGUGUUCUUAAAGUUACAGCUUCAGAUGUUGAUAAAGGUAAAAAUGGCCUUGUGACAUAUUCUAUUGCAAACUCAGACCAUUUACCUUUCACAAUAGAUCCAUUUACAGGCAUUAUCUCAACCUCUGAACAUUUAGAUUAUGAGUUAAUGGAGCGGCGAUAUCACCUGAGAGUUUGGGCCUCAGACAGCGGCAGCCCCUUUAGCCAGGUCAGCGAAUGCCCCGUGACCAUAACUCUUAUCAAUUUGAAUGACAACAUUCCUCUAUUUGAGAGAGUAGACUGCAACAUCACUGUCCCACAAGAUUUACCUGUGGGGUACACAAUUGCUGAGCUGUCAGCUAUUGACAUAGAUGAGUUGCAGCAGUUGCGGUACGUUAUCGAAUCAGGAAACGAGCUCCAGAUUUUUGUCAUCAAUGCUGUUACUGGGGCUAUCACUCUUAAACAGCCAGUUCCUGCACAUGAGGGCUCAUUUACUUUGAGAGUUGUAGCCAAUGAUGGCAAACAUCACUCUGAAGCUUCACUUGUCAGGAUAACUGUUACAAACAAAGGUGACGAUGCAACAACCCGCUGCUUUGAAACAGGCAUUUUUAAACAGCUGACUGAUAAACUGAUAGAGUCAAUAAAGCCCAUUUUAAUUAAUCAGGAGGAAGAGUUGUUCUCAGAUAUCCACAUCACUAACAGACAUUCCCCAAAAUUUGUUACGAGCAUUCCCAGUUCUAUUGAUGUUGCUGAGAACCAUCCACUAAAUUCCACCAUUCUUCAGCUAAAGGCCACAGACAAUGACUCUGGGUUUAAUGGUAAACUGGUGUUUGCCAUAUCAAGUGGGAAUGAAGAUGGCUGUUUUUCUAUUGACACUUUUUCUGGGGAACUUUAUUUAGUUUGCACUUUGGACAGAGAGAGGAAAGAUGUGUACAUUCUGAACAUCACAGUUUAUGACUUGGGGCUGCCACAAGCAUCUGCAUGGAAGUUUAUAGAUGUUAAUGUCGUUGAUGUCAACGACAACCCUCCUGUGUUUGAUCAGUCUAGGUAUGUCAUCCGUGUGCCUGAAAACACAGAGGAAGACACCGUCAUCUUUACAGCUCGAGCGGUAGAUAUAGACACAGGCAUGAAUGGAAAUGUGCACUAUUCUCUGUUGACAUCUGAUGACAUGUUCAGCAUCGAUGAGCUGACUGGGGAGGUGAUUGUGACAGGUCAUCUGGAUCGAGAAAACUUUGCCCGGCAGGACCUCUGGAUCAAAGCAACGGACCAGGCCAAGCACGACCCUCAGUUGUUCUCCAUUGUCCAUCUGCUGGUGAUUUUGCAAGACAUAAAUGACAACCCACCUAAAUUUGAACCUAAAGUGUACCACAUAAAAGUCCCAGAAGAUGUUCCUUUGGGAACUCUGCUUGUCUGGGUGGAGAGCAUAGACUUAGACUUGGGUAGUGGAGGCCUUGUCACAUACAACCUUAAGAACACAGAGGGUGGGAUCUUUCAUCUGGAUUCCUCCACUGGAGCUUUGACCCUUGAGCGAGAGCUGGACUUUGAGAGACGACCAGCUUACAACCUCACCGUUAGAGCUGUAGACCAUGGCCUUCCCCGCUCUCUCUCAUCAUCCUGCUUUGUGGAGAUUGAGGUUUUGGAUGUCAACGAGAACCUACACAGACCAGUUUUUACAGAGUUUGUGUAUGAGGCUGGAGUGAUGGAGGAUGCAGCUGUGGGAACGUCCAUUGUGACACUCACAGCUUCAGACAAGGACCUGGGCAGAGAUGGAGUUGUCAGAUACCACAUCAGUGAUGGCUCUGGUCUUGGAGUGUUCUCCAUUGAUGAAGAAACAGGUGUUAUUCGUACAGCAAAAACGCUGGACCGAGAGAUGGUACCGCACUACUGGCUUUCUGUCUACGCCACCGAUUUGGGGACUGAGCCUCUGAUCUCUUGGACUCAUGUCUUCCUGGAGGUCCUGGAUGUGAAUGACAACGCUCCGGAGCUUUCCCAGCUGGUGUAUUUUGCAUCAGUCCAAGAGAACGUGGAUAAAGUAAACUCUGUCAUCCAAGUGUUUGCCUCAGACGUGGACACGUCCUCUGAGGGGAAGCUUUCCUUCCAGAUGCAGGAAUCUCAAAGGACGUUAUUCAACGUGGAUCCAAAAACAGGCGUCAUCAGCACUCUCUCAGCUCUGGACCGAGAGGAAAAACCCGAGCACAGCAUCGAGGUCACUGUAUCUGAUAAUGGAACUCCAGCUUUGCGGUCCACUGCCACCGUCGUGAUCAAGGUCCUGGAUGCAAACGACAACCGGCCCAAGUUCACAGAAAGACGUUUCCAUGUCAACUUGUUGGAGCAGGACCAACAAGCUGGUAGAAUGGAGGUCUGCAGGAUAGUUGCACGUGACGAUGAUGAAGGCCUGAACGCUGUCCUGACGUACGAGCUGCAAGACGGCAGCGGCGACCGGUUUCAGAUUGAUCCUGUGACGGGAGUCGUGACGGCGCAGGGAAAUUUCCGGGCAGGGAGCUACGAAAUUCUGAUGAUCACAGCCACAGACCAGGGCAGCCCGUCACACUCAUCCACGUCUCGGCUCGACAUCGAGUGGGUCCAACACCCACCGCCCUCCACCGAUCCGAUCACGUUUGACGAGCCUCACUUCACCUUUGCUGUCAUGGAAACGGAUCCUGUCACUCACCUGGUGGGCAUCAUCUUGACAGAGACUCAGCGACCACUGCUGUGGUUUAGCGUCGUAGGUGAGUGA